CAGACGCCUGGUGCAGUCCCAAGUUUGCUCUGUUCGCGGGAAUCUCUCAUAGUGUGUGACACAGACAAACUGCCACCAUGUCUGAGAAGAAGAUGACCUCAAGCCGCAGGCAUCAUCUCAAGAGUUUGAUGCUUGCGAUUGCUAAAGGUCUCCUGGAGGCGGAGGCGAAAGCGGCGGUGGAGGAGAGGGCCAAUUACAUGGAGGAGCACUGUCCCGAACUGUCUCUGCCGGGAUCACUGCAGGAGCUGCAGGAACUGUGCAAAAAGCUCCAUCAGAACAUAGAUGUGGUAGACGAGGAGAGAUAUGACAUGGCUGCCAAGGUCGCCAAGACAGACAAAGAGAUUGAGGAUCUGAGGAUGAAAGUGCAGGAUCUGAAGGGCAAGUUUAAGAAGCCCACACUGAAGAAGGUGCGCAUGUCUGCUGAUGCUAUGCUGCAGGCUCUCCUGGGCUCCAAACACAAAGUGUCCAUGGAUCUGAGGGCCAACCUCAAACAAGUGAAAAAGGAGGUGAAAGAGGAGGAUAAAGAGGCUGUUGGCGACUGGCGUAAGAACAUCGAGGACAAGGCUGGCAUGGACGGCAGGAAGAAGAUGUUUGAGUCUGAGGCUUAAAUUCGCUG